CAGGAGUGAGUGUGAGCUCAAAUUCUCUGCGGUGCAGAGCUGGAAAAACACAGCACCCUUCCACCCCAACGCUGCUUCACUGGCUUAAGGACAUAUUUUGGAGUAUCCGGGAUCGGGACGGGAGCCCUCCUCCGGUACUCAUUUUUAUCUUUUAUUUAUGUUUUGAGUUGAAGUGCUGCGACGGGACAUUGAGCGCGCGAGAGACUUGACUUUCUCCAGCGCCGCGAGUAGACUCCAAAGACUGCAGCUGUCGAGCUCUGCGCGUCCAUAUGAGGCAGAUGUCUUUCGCGGUGCAUUAGUCCUGAAAGUUUUUGGCUUUCUGUUGUUCGAGCACAAUCGAGUGACACUGUAUGCUCCAGCGCUCGAGCGCGCCGCGGUCGGAGACCCAUCAAGAACAUUGCAUGCGCAAAGAGAGGGGAGAAAAAACGCCAAAGUCUGGUUUUCCCAACACUUUGCUGAAGAACAGGGGCACGAUGAGCGCCGAUCUCGCCAUGGGGCCCGAGCUGCCCACCAGCCCGCUGGCGUUGGAAUAUGUCAAUGACUUUGAUUUAAUGAAAUUCGAGGUAAAGAAAGAGGCCAUGGCGGCGCACGACCGCGCCAAUAUACGGCAGUGCAACCGCCUCCAGCCGCAGGGCUCCGUGUCCUCCACUCCUAUCAGCACCCCGUGCAGCUCCGUGCCGUCCUCCCCGAGCUUCAGCCCCACAGAACAGAAGAACCACCUGGAGGAGCUGUACUGGAUGCCCAGCGGCGCGUACCCGCAGCAGAUCGACCCGCAGACGUUAAGCCUCACGCCCGAAGACGCGGUGGAGGCUCUGAUCGGUGCCACGGCCCACGGGCACCCGCCGCCCCCUCACGUGCAGCAGCAGCUGCAAGCUGGAGCGUUUGAUGGAUACAGGGGCGCGCAUCACCACCACGGCCACGCGCAGCAACAGCAGCAGCAGCAGCCGCAGCACCAUCACCAUCAACACCAGUACGGCGCGAUCCCCCAUCACCCCGACGACCUGUCGGGUCACCCCGGCGCUCACGGCCACCACCCCCACCAUCACCACCACCACCACCACAGCCAGGAUCCCGACAGCCCUUCUCCUACCUCGCCCGAGCAGCUCCACCACCGCCACCACCACCAUCACCACCCGCACGGCCACCCGGGUCAGCAGGGUCACCACGGCGUGGGGGGCGGCCUGAACGUGGAGGACCGCUUCUCCGACGACCAGCUUGUGACCAUGUCCGUACGGGAGCUCAACCGACACCUGCGGGGCUUCACCAAGGACGAGGUGAUCCGCCUGAAGCAGAAGCGCCGGACCCUGAAGAACCGGGGCUACGCGCAGUCAUGCCGCUUCAAGCGCGUGCAGCAGAAGCACCUGCUGGAGAACGAGAAGACGCAGCUCAUCAACCAGGUGGAGCAGCUCAAGCAGGAGAUCAACCGGCUGGCCCGAGAGAGAGACGCCUACAAACUCAAAUGCGAGAAACUGACCGGAGCGAACGGGUUCCGCGAGGCAGGAUCCACGAGCGACAACCCGUCCUCCCCAGAGUUCUUCAUGUGAGUGCGUGUAUGCAGUACAGUGUGUCUGCUUCUUAUGCCUGAGAGACAGCUCCCAGUACUCGUAUUAGAAGAGAAUAAUCCACAAGAAAUAAUAACGAUAAUAAUAAUCUCGUAUGUAAUCAUCGCCACAGAACCCUGGCAACUAAAACGCGAAGAACACGGUAGAAUGUUUUCUGGGAAUUAGAUUAGUUGCUUGUAGUACUACCCCUCGUUUCGUAGAAAACAGACAGAGAGAAAAGCGAAGAAGAACUGGCUUUUGUAUUUAGAUAAGACCUGCUUUGCGUCUGGUAUGGUGAGGAAAAAGAACAAAAGACGCCAAACUGUGUUUGCGCUGAGCGGGAGAGAGAAACUUUGGACUUUUGUUUCUUUUCCUACUCGGCCAGAAAAGUUGAGAGCACCACAAUAUGCAAAACUUCCCUUAACUUCUCCCGUUAAAGCCGCCUGAGAGAGAGAGAGGCGACAGGGGGAACUUUAUGCAACAUCUCAUUGGUUUAUUGCCUGCUUGGUUAUAUAUAGAUCUAUAUAUAUAUAUUAAAAAGAAAAGGAAAAACGACAAAAACAAACACAUAAAUCUGCAUUAAGAUAUUAAUCCUGCAUGCUGGACAUGUAUGGUAAUAAUUUCUAUUUUAUACACUCUUUCUUUCUUUAUUUUCUUCUUUCCUUCCUUCUGUUCAUUAUGUAUCAUAAAGAGCAUGUUUUUGAUCUUUAGCUCUUUUUUGGGGAUAUGAGACUGGCUCUCCGGUCAUGUAUGGGUUCAUCAUUUGGACUUGUAAAUAUGCAACAGCAAACCUACAAACCGACAUCGAAGAGCUGAUUGUUUUACAACUUUUGUCGUUUGUUUCAUGUUUCGGGAAUAGAUUUCCAAUAAUGGGCAUUUUGCAGUUGCAUUAAAAGUAAGCAAACUUUGUAAAAGAAGCGCACUUUUUUGGGGGGCGGGGGGAUAAUGAUUUUUUUCUGGUAUUGGCAGUUUUCAUUUCGACUUUUUGAUUGUUUUUUGAUUUUGUUUUAGCAGAAGCCGCCUUUAGAGAAGACAUGCCGCACACAUGCAUUCAUUCAUUCAUGCACGCCUUUCAUUUUUGGUGCUCAUAGUCUCAUGUCUAGAUGUAGCAAGACACAAGAGAGUGUGUGUGAUUUUUUUCUCUCCCUCUUUCGUGCAGGCUGUUGCAUAAUCUAUUGCUAUUCUAUAAUAUAAGCAAUACUUCUAAGUCGUAUGUUUUUGAUGGAUAGGAUUUCCACGAACGGGCACACUUUCAUUAAUUUUUUUUUAGCUAUACGAGCUGCCAGUUUUAUAAACCAACAUUUCAAAAUGUAGUUAUUAUAAUCCAGCUCGAGGGUGUAGGCUUCCUAAAUCAGGGGUUUGUGUAUUAUUGCCUAACAUGAAAACUACGCAUGUUUUUCAAUGGAGAGUUUCAAUGAUCAAUGUUAAGUGUUUUCCUUUAUUUUUUUUUCUGCCGGUCAGUAAAAAAUAAGGGAUUCAGGUUCUGCAUAAUCUCAAAAUGAAAAGUAUAUGUCUCAUGUUAUUGUUCUGUUCUUGGUUUGUUUUAUUAUUAUGUCGAGAUUCUGGUUCUGCUGGCCAGAUGCAUAGUUUUUAUUUUAAUGAUUAAAUUAACAGUCAGAUCAUAUUGAAUAAGCAUGGUGCUUGCAUCUAAGAAAUGUUGUUAAAAAGUCAUGCAUUUAACAAUCUUUUUGGUUUAUUACUGAUUCAACUGUGUUGAAAUCAAAUGUAAACUGCAGCAGCGGGUUGUUGUUUUUGUUUGUUAAUUUCAUGUAUUAUGAGGGGAUCAAUUUUCAAAUCUGUUUAUAUAAAUGGACAAAAAACUAAGAAUAGAGUUCAAUUCGGACUAUUCCAUUCAGGCUGGUUUCUGUUUCGUUUUUGCUGUUUUUUGGAAAGAAAUGGUUUCCUAUUUUGCUUAUUAAAGUCAGUGAAAUGGCA